AUGGCGCAGCUGGAGUUGGUGGCAGAGUUGGUGGUCGACGAACCCAUCUCCACCCCGGGUUCUGCCGAGCCGGCGGCCGCUAACAAUACACCCACAGCUCCAGCUCCCGCUGCGAGCCGCAAGAAGCGCGGCCGGCCUCCCGCCGACCCAAACGCGCAAGCGAGCUUCUUUUGCGAGGAGGCGGGCUGCGGCGCCUCGUACGUCACGUACGGCGGUCUGUACCAGCAUAAGCGGAAGCAUCACCCGUGGCUGAUGUCGGACGCCAAGCCGGUGGCGCCCAACUCCGGCAAGCGGCCCCGCGGCCGCCCACGCGAGGAGGACCGAAUACCGGACGAGCUCGAGUGGGAGUGCCCGGUCUGUGACAAGGCGUACGCCAGUUACGGCGGCCUGUACCAACACAAGCGAACCCACCACCCAGAGCUCGCCAACAAGCCCGCCCUCUGCCCUCCCCCCGCCGAUAAGCCGCCGCAGCUGCUCACCUCCCCGCCGGUCGUUCAAGGGGCCUGGAGCACCGCCGCUGCAGCGCAGUCGCCGCUGGUGACUGUGACUGCUGCUACAACGGAGCCGCUGCCAGAGCCGCAGCCCGCGUCGCAGCUGCCCAUACAGGUCGCCACGCAGUCGGAGGCAGCGCAGGCGGCGGAGGCGGCUUGGAUGGCGGCGAGGGCGGCUCAGGCAGUCGUGCCAGGCGAAGCGCAGGCUUGCGACUCGCCGGGCGUGGGGACGCCACCCCUCUCCCCCCAGCCAGACCAGGCGGCGCCAGAAGCGCCGCUCGACAGCGCUGAGGCAGCCGCUCGCGCCGUGCUCGGCCACGAGGAGGGCGCGGUGCUUGUGCUGGAAGCGGGGGCAUCCGUCUCGGAAGCGGGGCCAUCUGUCUCGGAAGCAGCGCUUGCGGAAUAG